CCCCGGGGUUAUGCUACCCGGCCCGAUUGCAUGGAACACUUUUCAGGCUGCGGCCAAGACCAUGGCUUGAACUGAUCACCAGGACGAAAUCAAUUCGGAUUUGUCUCGCUGGCAGUAUAAGACGAGAUUGAAACCUCCUACCCGGCCACGAGACCGUCGUAUUGUUCUUUCUUUAUAUCAAUUCACUCCGCCUUCUCUUUCUUCGGCGGUUCUAUCUUACAUCACUAUACUCUCCACCCAAUGGCCCGCAUCAAGAAAGGAGUGUUCUCAUGGGAGGAUGUGCUGGCCCAACGAUACCAGAACAAUAAACCUCCUCCUCUACCCCGUCCCCGCCACCAUUCCCCUCAUACCCCACAAGCCCAAGCCCAAGCCCAACUUCAAUGCGCACUCCUCACCCGCCUCUCCCCCGAACUCCGCCUAAUCAUCUGGGAAAUGGCCCUGGGCAGCCAACGGCUACACAUCAUCCAACGCAGCGGCCAGCGUCUCGGCCAUGUCAUUUGCCCACUGGGACAUGGCCAUGAUGCUGGGCUUGGAGCGGACUCCGGAUCUCGGCCGAGGCUAGACUCUUAUAAUCAGACUGGCCGAGGCACGGGGCAUCCAUUCUGUGAGAUCUGUCAUGGUGCGGGGAUCGCGCAGCCCGUCAAAGAGGGUGAUUCGUGGGGUGUUGGGUGCGCUCAACGUAACGGGUUGCUUGGAUUGGCGUUGACGUGUCGGCAAAUAUUCGCCGAGUGUAUUCACCUCCUCUACGCUACGAAUACCUUUGAAUUUAGUAUUCCCUGGUCACUGCCAUACUUACAGCCAACAAUUCCACCGGAAUACUGGGGAUUGAUUCGAGCUGUGGAACUGCGCUGGUCGUUCCGAGGACAUUGGUUACCGACCAAAGAUCCCGUGCGUGCGAUAUACGUCUCCGCUGGCCGGGCUCAGUGGCUAGAGACAUGUCGCUCUUUGAAGCAAUUGCCAGCGCUGAGGUCAUUCGUCCUCAUACUGGGGAGUAGCUGGUUCAGCGAGCCGGUGGAAAAGCUAUCCAUGUUUCUAGAGCCGUUAUGCGGGUUAAAUCUUACUCAGGGAAAGAGGAGAACUGAGCGAUUGCGACAUAAGAUAGAAGUGGGCGAGGAUCCGCUGGAAUGGAAGAGAGGAAAUGGGAGUAGUACUAGUUUAGAUGAAGCGAUGAGUUCGAGUGCAUCGAGGGUGAGUUUCGUGUCGGGUUCUAGCUCGUCGCGAUUGGCGAGGAGUUCGGCUUCGAGUCUUCGGUCUGAGGGAUCGGCGUGUUCUUGCUUUGAUUCUGGAUUGGCACUGUCCAUGGAUAUCAAGGACGAUCAUGAUCGGGAUGUCGAUUCUGGUUUGGCUUUGUGGGAGCUUCGACUGCAGGGUCAGUCGUACUAUUCUCAUGAGGUGGGCCAGAUUGGGGAUGAUCUGUGGCGGAAAGGGAUUGAUUGUUGGAUCUCGAUGGUGUGAGAUGAUCUUCAUGAAUUGUAGACUAUCUUUCAUGGGUAGCCCGAUUGCCCUGUGUUCUUGUCCCGCCGUCUGGUAUCCAGGAUACCUAUGCGUAUCGCGAUGCAUCUUUCACGUCAUAUGACUAACAGAAAAGGAGGUGAGGUUGCAUCAUCAGCAUGACCUUUCUAUAAUACCCGCUCAUAUACUAUACUAUACUGUUGUAUAUUG